AUGUCUUUGUCCUCUAAGCUAUCAGUUGACAACUUGAACGUCCAAGGCAAGCGUGUCUUCAUCAGAGUUGACUUCAACGUCCCAUUGGAUGGUAAGACUAUCACUUCCAACCAAAGAAUCGUUGCUGCUCUACCAACCAUCAAGCACGUCUUGUCUCAAAACCCAAGAUACGUUGUUUUGGCUUCUCAUUUGGGUAGACCAAACGGUGAAAGAGUCGAAAAGUACUCUAUGGAACCAGUUGCCGGUGAAUUGCAAAAGUUGUUGGAUCAACCAGUUACUUUCGUGAACGACUGUGUCGGUCCUCAAGUUACCAAGGCCGUUGAAGAAUCUAAGCCAGGUUCUGUUCUUCUAUUGGAAAACUUGCGUUUCCACAUCGAAGAAGAAGGUUCCAAGAAGGUUGACGGUCAAAAGGUCAAGGCUUCUCCAGAAUCUAUUGAAGCUUUCAGAAAGGAAUUGUCCUCUUUGGCUGAUGUCUACAUCAACGAUGCUUUCGGUACCGCUCACAGAGCUCACUCCUCCAUGGUUGGUUUCGACUUGCCACAACGUGCCGGUGGUUACUUGUUGAACAAGGAAUUGACCUUCUUCGGUAAGGCUCUAGAAAACCCAGAAAGACCAUUCUUGGCUAUCUUGGGUGGUGCUAAGGUUGCUGACAAGAUCCAAUUGAUCGACAACUUGUUGGACAAGGUUAACAUUUUGAUCAUUGGUGGUGGUAUGUCUUUCACUUUCAAGAAGGUUUUGGACAACACUCAAAUCGGUGACUCUAUCUUCGACCAAGCUGGUUCUGAACUAGUUCCAAAGUUGGUUGAGAAGGCCAAGAAGAACAACGUCGAAAUUGUUUUGCCAGUUGACUGGGUUGUUGGUGACAAGUUCGGUCCAGACGCUAACACCAAGGUUGUUUCCGAAAAGGAAGGUAUUCCAGCUGGCUGGCAAGGUUUGGACAGCGGUCCAGAAUCUAGAAAGUUGUUCGCCGCCGCUGUCGCUAAGGCUAAGACCAUCGUGUGGAACGGUCCUCCAGGUGUUUUCGAAUUCGAAAAAUUCGCUGAAGGUACCAAGGCUCUAUUGGACGAAGUUGUCAAGGCUUCUUCCGCUGGUGUCACUGUUAUCAUCGGUGGUGGUGACACUGCUACCGUUGCCAAGAAGUACGGUGCUGCUGACAAGAUCUCUCACGUCUCCACUGGUGGUGGUGCCUCUUUGGAAUUGCUAGAAGGUAAGACUUUGCCAGGUGUUGCUUUCUUGUCUAACAAGAACUAA